AUGGAUGACAGGCAGAUUUUCAGAGGGGUGACUGGAGACAGGAAGGAAGAAGACGACGAGAUACUGACGUCCCAGUACUCACAAACCGCGGCCUCAGAGUCAGACGCUGAAGCUGCGGAUCGAACGGAGGCGACCGCUGUGGAACAUGAUGUGCAGAUUCACUUCAAGAGUGGAUCCACCACAGCUGUGUACAUCUGCACCUCGUGUUCUGUGGAGCGACGCCAGCCGAAACCUUUACAUUCCCUGCUGCCGCCCUUCACGGAGAUCCGCAAACUCCCUGAUGUGAGCCAAACACUCACCAAAACCAGAGUACAAGACAGCCUGGGAACCUCGUCUGCUCACACCGAGGCAGGUGGAAGUGGCCACCGAGUUUUAUAUUUGAUCAAAUGUUGGUGGCUCAAUUUGCACCGUUCCCCUUUGGCUCGCGUCUCAUUUUUAACUUUGUCUUCCUCAUCUCGAGACCUGUGUGCCGCCAUCCUGCUGGGCUGCCUUUUCUGCCGGCCCGUGGACUGUCUAACGGAGACCUUCCGAGGGUGCACCGUGUGCUUCUGCUCGCUGUGCUCGUCGCUGUUCGGCUGCGAGCCCGGCGCCCUGCGGCCUCUGCUGGAGCUCACGCGGCCCUGCGGCCCGUGCGCCGGCGCGCGCCGCUUCCUCUGCGACUGCGCCGGCUGCGACGUCUGCCUCCCGGCCACGGAGUGCCUGGACCUCGCCAUGGAGAUCUCUCAAAUGCUCUACCACUGACGCGUCGCGUCGAAACAGGAGACGGACACGAGUCGCAGAAAGUCGUUUAUUUGUUAACGUUUUUAACAAAAGCCAAAUUACCGGGAGGGGGACAACACGCACGUGUUUGUGUUUAACAGUCAGUUUUAACUCUCACACACACACACCAGAGGAGAACAUGUGGUAGAUAAUAGUUGCAUAUAUGCAAAAAAAAAAAAAAAAAAAA